GGACGGGCUGGCGAGGCUCGGGAAGCAGAUCAGCAUUUGGCUUCCAGGUCACGGCAGCUCCCCGCCCUUCCUGCCGCCGCUCGGUUCCGCCUGCCGCCAGGAUGAUCCCGCCGGUGCAGGUGUCCCCGCUGAUCAAGUUCACCCGCUACUCGGCGCUGCUGGUGGGGAUGAUCUACGGCAAGAAGCGAUACGACUACCUGAAGCCCAUUGCUGAAGAAGAGAGGAGGAUAGAGGCGGAGGAGAAGAAGAAACGUGAAGAGCUGGAGCGAAUUGCAAAGGAGAUAGCGGAAGCAAGCGAAGAGUCCAUACUGAAAUAAACAACAGAUUUCAUCUGAAUUUUGCACAUGGAAAUACAUGGCUAAGCCCUGAGCUGUCCAGUGGUUUUUCACCUCUGUGUGAUACUCUAUCAAUAAAGUACUUAAUACACUUCA